AACUUGGACUAAAAAGAGGGGCAUUUCCCAGUGCCGAUUUAAGGUUCCUCUUUUUUUUUGCGUUGUUGACCUAGCUUUCGACAUCUUGGGAUCCUUAGGACGCUUUCUUUUUCUUUUUCCCGCCUGCUCAUAAUAUAAGCUGGUGUUUUCUUAGAACACAAACUACACCCGCGUCCUAAAGAGUCGGCAGGCGACUCUGAAGUUCUAUUAAUUCAACUACUUGGUUACAAUGCCUGUCAAGUCGUUAGUUGAGAUGUGCACCUCGGUGGUCCUUAAGAAUUUGCCACUGGUAAGAGAUGUCGGAUAUACUCCUUAUCAUCUUCUCCGCCCAAUUUUACUCAAGCUUGACAAUGUGAAUCAGUUGCGAGAGAUAGAGGAGAACUCGCCCCAUAUUCGUGAGGAUGAUGCUGAAUGUUGGGAGCGCCUGAUCACUCGUACAUUCCCUCGUAGAUGUGCAGAGCUUCAUCUCAAGCCUGAGCACCCUACUGAGUGGUCCCUGAUUUAUGACGAGUACGAUACGAUGGAGAAGAACGAGAGACAAGCUGCACUAGAGAAGCUGAGCAAGGGCUACAAAUCCCUCAACAAGGCGAAGGAUGCCAAAGUGACGAAGCUCAUUGAUUAUGACGCCAAGGUUCUCGGCCCUGCUCCAGGUGGCCGCAACAGAUCCAAGCGAUUCCAGCCGAAGCCAACCCCCGCUAGGAGCGUGAUGCGAAAGGUUCGACGACAAUUGACGGACUUUAAUCGCCAAAACCGACUUAUUACACCCACUGGCCGACUCCCGGUCCCCGCAGGACAGAUUAAACGUGCCCCGCCAGCGAUGGCCGAGGAUUAUCGAGUCAAGUCCCUUCCUGCUGUAGGGGUAGCUCGCCGUCCCCUGCCUGCUACUGAGUCUAGUGAGCAUGAGGAUAAUGAGCUCGAGGCUAGGCUCCUCAAGUUGAAGACCAAAGUCGCUCACAAUGGAACCUCCAUGGAUUCAGACGAUGAGCUGUUUGAUGAGGAUGAUGCGGCUGAUAGUUCCAACUUUGACCGAGGGCAAAGUGCAUUCAAUUCGCGAAAGCAUGCUUCGUCAACCCCCGCUAAGACUCCAGCUAGCUCUGCUAGCCUCACUGGUUUAGCCAAGAUGAAGAUGGGCCGCUCUUGGAAGAAUAAGCCUGUAACCCUUUCUCCUGUUCAUACGGACAUGCCUAAGGCGACUUCCUCUAAGGCACCCACUUCAUCCCCAUCGACAAAAAUGGGAAAAUUGAGCGUCUCUGCCCCAGGUUCACGCCCUUCGACUGCCAUUAAGCAGGAUUUUUCAUCGCAUGUUAGUCCUUCUGCUGGUUUGGGCAAUUCAGCUAAUGCCGAUUCGGUUGAGUCUAGCAAGCCAAGACCUAUAACAGGACAGAAGCGCAAGCCACCGCCAAACAUCUUUAUGCCGCUCAAGAACAAGCCUCGUCGAUUGUCCUAAAUGUAGGGCAUACGUGACUUUGCUUGGUGGUUGCAAUAAUACAGGAUG